AUGACUUGGUUAAUUGUAAUUCUUCUCUUCCUUGGGAAUUUAACGGCUCAGUUUUCGGAUGUUACCAACAACCGAGACUUAGAAGAACGAUUGUUCAGUCUUCUCCUAAGAUUGCAAAUCGAAAAAAACUACGACACCCUACUAUUUUAUGGCGACGAUUGUGCUUUUCCUUCUCUAUCCAAACGACUGCAAAUCCCCACAGUACUGGUGUCUUCUGGUAGCACCACCUUUGAAUGGAACUUUAGCAGUUUAACACUUAUACUCAGUUGUGACUUUCAAGCCGAAAGGGAGGAGAACUAUCGCACACUAAUUAAGCUGCAAAUGAACAGGAGACUAAUCCUUCUGCGAGGGGAUAUACAACCGGAGUCGGUGUGCGACUUCUAUUCGAAAAAAGAGCAAUACAAUGUUGCCAUGGUGAAAGAAAACUUGGAUCAGUCCGGGGUGGUAUACUCAUGUCGCCUCUUUCAAGAUCUAAACUUUGAAAAUGUAAAUCUAUUCGAAGGUAACCCGAUUUUCAUAGAACAAUUUCGAAAUAUGAAAGGAGCGCGGAUUAGAUCCUUGCCAGAAUUAGAUGCACCUCGAUGCAUGCUAUACCGGUAUCCCAAAUCCGGCAAAGAGAAGUAUAUCGGCUACUUGGCCAACUUGCUGAACCACUUUGUGGAAAAGGUUAAUGCUACCAUGGAAAUGCAGGAGCAUUUGAUCGAGGCCGGAAAGGAAGUGUCUUUUGUAAAUAUAACGAAUUGGGCUGCGGAAGAUCUUCUGGACAUUGGAAUGAGCGAAACUCUCUACUAUGAAAUGUCAAACUUCGAUACGCUCUCUUAUCCGUACGUUAUGAGUUCCUACUGCUUAAUGGUCCCUCUUCCGGAUGAAAUGCCUUUUAGUCAAAUCUACAUGGCGAUCGUGGAUCCAAUAGUCCUAAUAAUGAUUUUAUUGUUAUACUUAAUUUUCUCUGUGAUGCUGAUCUAUCUGCAGAAAAAAUCUCUGAGCCUGAGCAGCAUCCUGAUGAACGAUACAUGUAUGAGGGGACUCUUGGCUCAAUCGUUCCCUUUUCCCCGUUACUCCAGCAGAAAACUUAAGUUGAUUUUAAUGAUUCUCUGCUUUUCCAGUGUGAUUACAACUACUAUGUAUUUUGCUUACCUGCAGGCUUUCAUAUAUGAUCCUCCACUCGAUCCGUAUAUGGACUUCUUCCCCAACUUUGAGAAUUCCAGGUACAUAGUGGCCAUAAACAUUUACGAUGAAGAUAUAGUACAAUCUUUGAAUGUCAGCGAGGAAAAGAUGCUGGUCCUUGAUUUGCAUGGAUUCUUUAACUUACGAGACACUUUUAAUACCAAAUAUGCCUACCCGGUAACCGAAGUGCGCUGGAUGACGUAUAGCGAACAACAAAAUCUCUUUGAUUAUCCAUUGUUUUACUACUCAGAAACACUGUGUCUUAACUAUCUUGAUUAUGUAAGCUUUCCUAUUCGGCGUCAUUUGCCCUAUCGCGAUCUCUUCGAGGAGCACAUUCUGCGACAGAAGGAGUUCGGAUUUACUAAGCACUGGAUCGAAAGAGGUUUUUUUGACAUGUGGAGACUAAAUGUCACCUCUCUUGAAGAUUUAAGUCCACCUCUCCUGGAUGAUUAUAACGAAGUAGAAGAAUUUUCCUGGGUUUUUGGAAUGUAUUUCGCUGGAAUGGGCAUUAGUUGCUGUUGUUUUGGAUUGGAGCUGAUCGCACAUAAUCUUAACCGCUGGAGAUAA